UUAGGAAGCAAUUCAUUAAAAAAUUAGGAAUUAGAAGAGCGUAAGACAGCCCACUUAAUUACAUCUUGUUCCACACUAUGCAAAAACGUCUUAAAUGCGACACAUCUUGUUGUAAAUAUUAGACUUGGGAGUACAACAAUAUUAAAAAUACAAAAGGUGCAAGUGCGACUUCAGUGCAGCCUAUAGAUGAAGAUGAGGAGGAAGAGGAGGGGGGGUCGACUUUGAGAUGACAUUGAGGCUGUGUAGAUGGGAGUUGAGUCUUUGCUUGUUGAUGUUAGACAGUCGCACAAGAAGGCAAGGCGGCUGCUGCCUGUGUUGAUUCAGCCUCUUCUUCUUCUUCAUCAUCCUCUUUUUCUUCUUCAUCCUCCUCUUCUUUUUUUCUUCCUUCCCUUGGUCCUUUCAGCACCGCUCCCCGGCUGGACAGCUCCCGCGCUUUGGACCCCUUGGACGCUGCAUGGUCCCUUUAAGGCUUUUAAUGGAAGUAAAACCUAUUGAUGUUCCAAGACAUAUUGGGAGUUUACAACUUCAUCCACAGGAGGAAUCCACGCAGAUUUGUGGCAGGCUGCGCAUCCUCCACAUUCACUCCACGUCCACUGUUAACGGCGACUGACGAUCCGUGUGUGCGCGGGCUUCUCCUCCACACGUUCGCUCCGAAGGUUCGGUGCGAAAACCGCGAAGCUGCUGUCUACGUGGACCGGUGCUGAAGCCUCCCGUCCGACUGCCAAGACCUGUGCCAAAGCCAGAGACAUGGCGACGAACGGCACCAAAACGGAUGGCCAAGUGACGGAACUGAACGAGGUGGCCGCCAAUAACGACAAGCCCAAGUCGCUGGACGUGAAGCCGGAAAAGAAGAAAAAAGAGUUGCCUGAUAGAGAAACAUGGGGAGGGAAAUUUGACUUCCUCCUGUCGUGUGUGGGGUAUGCAAUUGGACUGGGCAACGUGUGGAGGUUUCCAUAUCUCUGUGGCAAAAACGGUGGAGGGGCCUUCUUGAUUCCCUAUUUUUUGACUCUCAUAUUUGCCGGGGUCCCCUUGUUCCUACUGGAAUGCUCCCUCGGGCAAUACACCUCAAUUGGGGGGCUUGGUGUGUGGAAACUGGCUCCUGUGUUUAAAGGUGUGGGCCUUGCAGCAGCCGUCCUCUCCUUCUGGCUUAACAUUUACUACAUUGUAAUCAUUUCCUGGGCUAUUUACUACCUGUACAACUCCUUCACCGCUGACCUUCCAUGGAGCUCAUGCAACAAUGCAUGGAACACAGACAAGUGUUACACAAAUUAUUCCAUUGCAGACACCACCAAUCUCACCAGUGCAGUUGUGGAGUUCUGGGAGCGCAACGUGCAUGAAAUGACCGAUGGCUUGGAAAAACCAGGCCAGAUUCGAGUGCCACUGGCAAUAACGCUGGCCAUCGCUUGGGUCCUCGUUUACUUCUGUAUCUGGAAAGGGGUCGGAUGGACGGGCAAGGUGGUUUACUUCUCGGCCACGUACCCCUACUUCAUGCUCUUUAUUCUCUUCAUCCGUGGGGUGACCCUGCCUGGUGCCAGGGAUGGAAUUCUGUUCUACAUCACCCCUGACUUCGAAAAGCUCAAAGAAUCAGAGGUGUGGCUGGACGCAGCGACACAAAUCUUUUUUUCCUAUGGAUUGGGAUUGGGGUCACUUAUAGCUCUUGGCAGCUACAACCCAUUCAAUAAUAAUGUUUACAGAGACUCUAUCAUUGUGUGCUGCAUCAAUUCGUGCACCAGCAUGUUUGCUGGCUUUGUGAUCUUCUCCAUUGUUGGCUUCAUGGCACAUGUGACCAAAAAGGACAUUGCCGACGUAGCAGCUUCAGGUCCUGGUUUAGCUUUUCUGGCCUACCCAGAGGCUGUAACCCAGUUGCCUGUGUCUCCACUGUGGGCCAUUCUGUUCUUCUCCAUGCUGCUCAUGCUGGGGAUAGACAGCCAGUUCUGCACCGUCGAGGGCUUCAUUACUGCUUUAGUGGAUGAGUUUCCCCGAGUGCUUCGAGGCAGACGAGAGAUCUUCAUCGCUGUCGUCUGCCUGGUGUCUUAUGUGAUCGGACUUUCAAACAUCACGCAGGGCGGGAUCUACGUGUUCAAACUGUUUGACUACUACUCCGCCAGCGGAAUGUGUCUGCUCUUCUUGGUCUUCUUUGAAUGCAUCUCCAUAUCGUGGUGCUACGGUGUGAACAAGUUCUACGACAAUAUCGAGGAGAUGAUCGGCUACAAGCCUUGUGUGUGGUGGAAGUUGUGCUGGGUGGUGUUCACCCCCCUCAUCGUCGCUGGGGUGUUCUUGUUCAGCGCCAUACAAAUGGUUCCUCUCACCAUGGGAGACUACGUGUUCCCAGGCUGGGGUCAAGGAGUGGGCUGGCUCAUGGCGCUGUCCUCUAUGGUUCUCAUACCUGGAUACAUGGUCUACAUGUAUCUUGGCCUCAAGGGAACCUACAAAGAGCGACUGAGGAUAAUGUUCCAGCCUCCCGCAGUUGUCAGGCGGCCGCAGGAGAACGGUCCGGAGCAGCAGGCGGAAACCAACACUGCUAACCUCUCCAGCCCUGCUAAUCCAGCCAACCCUGCUAGCCCAACCAAUGCAGCUCCUGCCAACCCCGCCAGUCCAACCAGUCCGGCUCCAGUCAACUCAGCCAGCCCUGUAGCGCCUGCUAACCCGACUCCAAUGCCUGCCAACCCCGCCGCCGCUGCCGCUAGCCCUGUGAACCCAGCGACGAGUCCCACCAUUGUGACCACCAUCACCACUACCACCACCACCACCACUGCCGCGGCCAGUCCGGCCAUCCCCGCCAUCCCCUCCGCAACAACAGUCAGCCCAACCAGCCCUCCCCCAAACCCAGCUAACCCAACGGAGCCCGUUAACCCCCCACCCCCAGCAAGUGUGACCUCUAACCUGACCAAUGCCGAGGCCAACGUGUAGACAACAAAGAAACCCUCAUGGAGCAUGUAGACAAAAGAGAACAUUACAAAGGACUUCCAAGAUUUUAAUUGAUUCACCUACCUCCGAGGGCAAUACGUGAUCGAAACAGAUUUUCCAACCAUAUUUCAUUUUCCUGCCAACGAUGUCUCAUUGUUGGUCCGCGUUCCGAAAACAUCAAAGACUGUUAGUGUGCACCGAUAAAACCAUAAAUCUGAGUUUUAAAAAAAAUGUAAAGAUACUGUGUAAUACUGUGAGAAAAGAAAAAAAACUAAAUAGAGAUCUAGACUAGAGAUUUGUUGAAUAUCUUCAUGAAUCGAGUAAAUACCUGUGUGAAUAUAGUAGAUGAAGUAGUGAACAAAAUUGACAUCGCUGACUAGGGCAUGGGAUGGCGUCAAUUUUAUGGUGGAUGUUUACUAAACCUCACACAGUUGUCUCCUUUCCAAAACGUUGUACUCCGUGAGGCAAAACCUGAGGUCAGAGCACAGACGAGGAGCUCUUGGGAAAGCACAAUGCCAAUAAGAAGUUCAUGUUUAGGAGUCUGCUGGAGCAAUCCGGUCAUGUUUUGUGUGAGAGAGACUGUUAUUUUUUUCCUUCCUUUUUCAGUAAAAAAAAAAAAAAAAGAGAAAACUUUUAUGUGAUGGAAACAUUUUUAGAAUUAUUUUUAGGAUGUUUUAUACUCUGUUAUUGAUGUGAUGGAGGACCAAAAUCAGUAGGCAGACCAAGCAAAAACUAUGCCAUUUUAGUGUCUGGUUGGCAGAAGCACAGGGUACGAAGAGGUACGAAUAAAAAAUAAAAAAUAAAAAAAAGCACAGGGUUAGAAAAAGUGAUUUACAAACAUUGACUAUCCCUUAAUCUUGACAGUCAGUCCUGUUUACGUUCAGCAUGCUUUCCUCAGGAACAUCAGUCUGAAAUUCCUGACAGAAAAAAGAAAAAAAAACAAAACAAAACAAAAAAAAAACGGCCUUAAGCCAAAACACAAAUUUCAACCAAGCCAUAGUCUGUUUACACGACUGGGCACAAAAACAACAAGAAGAAAACAAAAUACCACAUCGUACGCGAGCACAAGAACCUGGACCAACUCUGUGUUUGAGUCAUUACUUUUCUGUACGUGUAUCGAUCAAUUAUAGUUUGAUCAAUAUGUAUUGAGCAAUACAUAUGUAGAUGUAUAAGUGCAGGCCAGUCAGCAAGUGGUCUGUUUCUGUUUUUGUUUCUGUUGUCUUUGCUUUACUUGUGAAAAGCACAAAGCAGCUUUAAUUUGCCCAGACGUUUGCCAUGGUGUGUUAGCACAAUGCUAGGCAGCUACCGAGACAAAAGCACCGGGGUUCAGAACGCAACACGUUAACCUUGAGAGGCCAAACAACCGAACGAAAAUGUGAAAUGGCUACAGUUCAUGUCCUGUGAAUUUGUAUUUCUUUUUUUUUUUGUAUAAAGUUACUCAACCACAGUUUUCUCUGGAACUUUGUUGUAAAUCCGUACUGUGUAAAACAUGUAACUGUGAAUGUCUGUAAUACAUUGGAAGUUAAUGUCUAAAUGUUGAAAAAAUGGAGUUGCUGUUUUCUGCAAUAAUAUUUUGGUCACAGAAGCUAAAGCACAUAUCUUACAGAAAUAUACGAAAACGACGAAAUGACAAUGAAGAUACUGAUGAUUAUAUGAAAAAUAGAAACUAUGUCUAGUAAAAUAAUAUUGUUUUGUAUAUUUUUAACUGUCUCACUGCCUAAUGUAAAACAUAAUAUAGACAUGAUAUGUAUUUAAAUGGUGUCACAUGAUAAAGCACGAUUGUUAUGUUCUACAAACAGAAAAAGACUGAAAAAAAAUAAAGAGUUCUAGAAAAUACGAA